AUGGCGACGGUGCCUGUGUACUGCAUCUGCCGGCUCCCCUACGACGUUACCCGCUUCAUGAUCGAGUGCGACGCCUGCAAGGACUGGUUCCACGGCAGCUGUGUUGGGGUGGAAGAGGAGGAGGCACCAGAUAUCGACAUAUACCAUUGCCCGAACUGCGAGAAAACCCAUGGGAAGUCGACCUUGAAGAAGAAGCGGAGCUGGCACAAACAUGAGCAAGGGCCAACACCUGAUGUCAAGCCUGUGCAGAAUGGCAGCCAGCUCUUCAUCAAGGAGCUGCGGAGCCGGACCUUCCCCAGUGCAGAGGACGUGGUGAUCCGUGUGCCAGGCAACCAGCUCACACUAGGCUACAUGGAGGAGCAUGGCUUCACUGAGCCCAUUCUUGUCCCCAAGAAGGAUGGCCUGGGCCUGGCUGUGCCAGCCCCCACCUUCUACGUCAGUGAUGUCGAGAACUAUGUGGGCCCAGAGCGGAGUGUGGAUGUUACAGACGUCACCAAGCAGAAGGACUGCAAGAUGAAGCUGAAGGAGUUUGUGGACUACUAUUACAGCACCAACCGGAAGCGGGUCCUCAACGUCACCAACCUUGAGUUCUCUGACACCAGAAUGUCCAGCUUUGUGGAGCCUCCUGCCAUUGUGAAAAAACUAUCUUGGGUAGAGAACUACUGGCCUGAUGAUGCUUUGCUGGCUAAACCCAAAGUGACCAAGUACUGCCUCAUCUGUGUGAAGGACAGCUACACUGACUUCCACAUUGACUCUGGGGGUGCCUCUGCCUGGUACCAUGUACUCAAGGGGGAGAAGAUCUUCUAUCUCAUCAAGCCGGCCUCAGCCAAUCUCUCCCUGUACGAGCGCUGGCAGUCGGCCUCCAACCACAGUGAGAUGUUCUUUGCAGACCAGGUGGACAAAUGCUACAAGUGCACCCUCAAACAGGGCCAAACACUCUUCAUCCCAUCAGGCUGGAUCUACGCCACACUCACGCCUGUGGACUGCCUGGCCUUUGCGGGACACUUCCUCCACAGCCUAAGCGUGGAGACGCAGAUGAGAGCAUAUGAAGUGGAAAGGAGGUUGAAACUUGGUAGCCUGACUCAGUUUCCGAACUUCGAAACUGCCUGCUGGUACAUGGGGAAGCAUCUGCUUGAGGCCUUCAAAGGUUCUCACAAAUCUGGGAAGCAGCUACCACCUCAUUUAGUCCAAGGAGCUAAAAUUCUCAAUGGUGCUUUCAGAUCAUGGACUAAGAAACAGGCUUUGGCAGAGCAUGAGGACGAGCUCCCGGAGCACUUCAAGCCUUCACAGCUCAUCAAAGACCUUGCCAAAGAGAUCAGGCUCAGCGAGAAUGCUUCCAAAGCUGUCCGACCAGAAGUGAAUGCCAUGGUGUCCUCAGAUGAGGUCUGUGACGUGGACAGAGGGAAGGAAGAGCCCUCAUCUCCCAUUGAGACCACCCCAUCUCAGUCCCUCCUGGAAAAAGCAUCUAAAAAAAAGACUUCAAAAACUGUGAAGAUGCCCAAGCCAUCCAAAAUUCCCAAACCCUCGAAGCUCCCCAAGCCCCCGAAACCCCCAAAGACGCUGAGGAUUGAUAGUGGCAAGAAGAAAGGGAAGAAGUACAAGGAGACAGGCUCCCCCACCAUCCCUAACCUGGACCUGCUGGAGGCCCACACGAAGGAGGCACUGACCAAGAUCGAGACACCCAAGAAGGGCAAGGCUGCAAAGAGUGUCCUAAGUGUACCCAACAAGGAUGUGACUAAUAAGCAAAAUGAUGUGGACAGGUUGGAAAUCCGAGAGCAAACCAAGAGCAAGUCAGAGGCCAAGUGGAAGUACAAGAACAGCAAACCAGACUCUUUGCUGAAAAUGGAGGAAGAGCAGAAACUGGAGAAGUCUCCUCUGUUAGGAAACAAAGACAACAAAUUUUCAUUUUCCUUCUCUAACAAGAAACUCCUGGGCUCCAAGGGUCUCAAGCCACAGACGAGCCCCAGCAUGUUUGGGACUCUGCAAAACUUCAAAGAGGAUAAGCCCAAGCCCGUGCGAGAUGAGUACGAGUACGUGUCGGAUGAUGGGGAGCUCAAGAUUGAUGAGUUUCCUAUCAGGAGGAAAAGGAACACUUCCAAGAGGGACUUAUCUUUUUUAUUGGAUAAGAAAGAGAUGCUCCAUGUACCUGUUAAGAAGCCAAAGCUUGACUCAGUGUUUUACAAGAGUGAUGACUCCUCUGAAGAGGAUUCUCUGCACAUUGACACGGAUGCCAAGCCCAGCCGCAAUGCAAAAGCCAAGAAGGAGAGUGGGAAUUCAGCAGCAGGCAUCCUGGACCUGCUGCAGGCCAGUGAGGAGGUUGGCGCGCUCGAAUACAACCCCAACAGCCAGCCCCCAGCCUCACCCAGCACACAGGAAGCCAUCCAGGGGAUGCUGUCCAUGGCCAACCUACAGGCCUCUGACUCCUGCCUGCAGACAGCCUGGAGUGCUGGACAGGCCAAGGGCAACUCUCUGGUGGCCCAUAGUGUCCGAAAGAAUGGGAGUGGCAGCAAAAGUACAGGGAAGCGGCUGUUGAAGAGGGCUGCCAAGAACAGCAUGGACCUGGAUGAGUAUGAGGAGCAGGACCACCUGGACGCCUGCUUCAAGGACUCGGACUAUGUUUAUCCUUCCCUGGAAUCAGAUGAAGAUAACCCUGUCUUCAAGUCCCGAUCGAAGAAAAGGAAAGGCUCAGACGACGCUCCCUACAGCCCCACAGCACGGGUCGGACCAUCAGUGCCACGGCAAGACAGGCCUGUGCGUGAGGGUACCAGAGUGGCAUCCAUUGAGACUGGACUGGCAGCUGCUGCGGCCAAGUUGUCCCAGCAGGAGGAACAGAAAAGCAGGAAGAAGAAGAGCACCAAAAAGAAGCUGACUCCAACUACCACCUCCCCCUCCACCUCCUCCACCACCCCUGCCAGCACUGCCUCCUCAGCCUCUGCCUCCUUGGCCUCCACUGCCUCAGCCUCCAUGUCCUCGGCCUCCACCUCUGCCUCCCUGGUCUCCACGACACCGGCCAGCACCAGCACAGCCAGCAGCCAGGCCUCUCAGGAGAGCAGCUCACCCGAGCCCUUACCAGAGGUGCCCAGCAGCAGCCUGGCAGACCACGAGUACACAGUGGGCAUGGGCACCUUUGCGGGAACUCCGGCUGGCCGCACCUCCCAGCCCAUGGCCCCAGGGGUCUUCCUUACGCAGAGGCGACCCUCUGCCUCAUCCCCCAACAACAACAACACUGUUGCCAAAGGUAAACGUACAAAAAAAGGCAUGGCCACCGCCAAGCAAAGGCUUGGGAAAAUUUUGAAAAUUCAUCGGAAUGGAAAACUGCUCCUUUAA